GAAGUCGGGCCCCCAAGAAGGAAGCUAGAAGGGAAUGCCUUAUAGACCGGGGCGAACGGGGACUCUGAGGCCGGGCAUAAAGCUCUCCACAUCACGUGACCAACCUCAGCCUCGCUCCAACAACAUCCUUAAUUUCAGGAUCCUUGGAAAAUAGAUUGGAAAAACGUGACCUGCUCGUCCCCUCCAAAAGCCCUCAGCCUGGAUUCGACCCUUCAGCGUAUCCUAGUAUUCCAGGGUACAACAUUCAACGUCAAGGUCAGGCAGCCGCUGUUUAGGGCGCACCGGGACUCAGGACUCCUCGGUUUCCUAACCGAGAAGUGGGGGCCCUGCAAAUUCCCCUUAGACUCGGGGAACGGUUUCUUUCCCCUUAGAGAUCGCCUCCUCCGUGCGGGGUGGGAGGACCCUAUCCCGGGGUUCUAGGCGGAUUGAGCGCUCUGGCGACAAUGGGUCCUCAAGUAGCCCUCCUGGUGGGGGCGCUAGCCGGCUGCCUGCUUCCUGCCCGGGGCUGUCUCAUGUGUGAUCAGAGGGUCGUAGAGGCGCUGGACUCUUUGGAUAAAGAAUACCUGCCUACCCACAUGGCGCCCGAGCGUCACAAAGAAGUGAUGGAAACGAUAAGACACACCGUGAGGAAUUUCUGGGACCUGCCAUAUUCAGAAGAUACUUUUAUGGGGGUUAUCGAUGAGGCCACAAUGGAAACAUCUGUGUUGGGUUUUCUGAGGAGUGUGAGACUUACCACAAACAGUGGCAUCGCAGAUGACACUUUCGUGAAAGAGUUCUCCUGGAUGUUGACUCUGGAAAAGGCAGCCUUUCAGCGCAACGUUGCUCGGUUCCAAAGAGAGGCUUUUUGUCCCAACAAAUGUGGUACGAUGUUGCAGCCUCUGAUCUGGUGCAGUAACUGUAAAAAGGAGCUUCACGUUUGUCGAAAGCCCUAUGAUUGCGGGGUGCGACACGUCAACGUCCAUGAGAAGGAAGACAUGAUCUUGGACUGUGAGCUCAACUGGCAUAAAUUAUCUGAAGGCCUGACCAAUUACAGCUUUUACAGGGUUUGGGGGAGCAAUUCUGAGACCUUGGUGUACGAGGGAAAACAGCCCACCCUGACCAAGCUCCUGGUGAGUCCAGAGGACGCAGGUACCUACCGCUGCGAGCUGGGCACGGUGCGAUCCGGCCCGGCCACGAUCAUCCAUUUUCAAGUCACAGUGUUGCCUCAGAGAAUCAUUGAGGAGAUACCGUCAUCAAAUUUUGAAACCGAGGAGCAGCUGUCCCCAAGCCCCCUGCCCUCAGAGUACCCGCAGCCCGAGAACUUGCUGAGAGGCCGUCUGGUAGGACUGCUGAUCUGGGGUUGUGUGUUUCUGAUCAUCUGCAUUGUCACCGCCGUACUUUGCUCUCUGCCUGGGAAGGUGAUGGAUUCCAUAAAGUCCUGGUUCCUCACGAACGAGGCAUCUGUCCCACAGGACGCGGUUUCAGAGAGUCGGAUGUCCCAGAGCCCGCUGUUACAGAGCCAGGAUCCGAAGGAACCGAUGUAAGAGGCCACGGUACCAAGUCACAAAUAAAGAUUUAUCUGGUUGUCUAAA